AUGAGAAUCCACUCGCAUCUCCUUCGUCCAAAAACCAGAUUCAACAUGAAGAAACUGGAAGACAACAUCUCGUUUAAGAUCUCAGGUGUGAUGAAACUCACCAUAACAUUCGCCACUUGCUUAGUACUUUCCAUGGUGCUACUAGUACUACCAUCACACAACAUCUUCAACGACCACAAGUCUCAUCUUACAACCACCGAAGAGCUUCUUGCAACAGGUUUUGAUGAGGAAUCUUGCAUGAGUAGGUACCAUCAGUCCUCUUUACGCAAACCUUCACCAUACAAACCAUCUACAAAUCUUGUCUCUAAGCUUAGAAGCUACGAGAUGCUUCACAAGCGUUGCGGUCCAGGCACAAAAGCUUACGAGAGAGCUACAAAGCAGCUUGGUAAAAACAAUGUGAUAAACAGCAGCGGUGAUGAUUGUCAAUAUGUAGUGUGGGCGCCUAUGUUCGGUCUAGGAAACAGAAUACUUUCCAUGGUCUCUGUCUUCACCUACGCUCUUAUGACAGAUAGAGUCAUGCUUGUCGACCAAAGGAACGAUAUAACCGACCUCUUCUGCGAGCCUUUUCCCGGUACUUCCUGGUUACUUCCUUCGGAUUUUCCAUUAACAAAUCAGAUAGAUAGCUUCAACCGUACGCAUUCGCAUUGUUAUGGGACCAUGUUGAAGAACCAUGCCGUUAACUCAACUACAAGACCGUCAUAUCUUUAUAUUGACAUCUUCCAUGACUCCAGGGAUCAUGAUAAGAGGUUCUUCUGUGAAGAGAACCAAGCUUUCAUCAAGAACGUCCCGUGGCUAGUUGUGAAGUCUAACCUUUACUACGCUCCAUCUCUAUGGUUAAUACCUAGUUUUCAGACCAAACUCAUGAAGCUGUUCCCGGAGAGAGAUACAGUCUUCCACCAUCUGAGCCAUUAUCUUUUACACCCGACAAACGAAGUUUGGGGAAUGGUGACAAGAUCCUACAACGCUUACUUAUCAAGAGCUGACGAGGUACUAGGGCUUCAAAUAAGAGUGUUCAGCACGCCAUCUGGUUAUUUCCAGCACGUGAUGGACCAGAUCCUGUCAUGCACGCAAAGAGAGAAGCUCUUGCCUGAACUAGCUUCAAAUGGAUCGCAACAAGUGAUGAAUAUAACGAAGACACCGAAACUUAAAGCUGUGCUUGUCACAUCUCUACAUCCAGAAUACUCUGAUGAGCUAAAGAACAUGUUUAUGGAACGACCUAGCUCAACAGGAGAGAUAGUUGAAGUGUAUCAGCCAAGCGGAGAAAGGGUUCAACAAACAGACAAGAAGGUACACGACCAAAAAGCUCUCGCGGAGAUCUAUCUUCUGAGUUUAACUGAUAAGCUUGUGACAAGCACAAGGUCUACGUUUGGAUACGUAGCUCAAGGUCUAGGAGGAUUGAAGCCAUGGAUACUGUACGAGCCAAGGCAUCAAAAAGCUCCUGACCCGCCGUGUGUUAGGGCCAUGUCUAUGGAGCCUUGCUCUCUAAAAGCACUUGUAUCUGCUUGUCAAGCCGAGACAAUCAAAACCACCCCUUUUGUUAAGUACUGUGAGGAUCGCAUCACAGGGAUUAAGCUAGUUGAUGAGUUGUAA